AUGGCGCUGGAGCUGGAUAUGGUCAGGCUCAAGGCCAUAUUCGAGCCCCGUUCGGAUAUUCUCGAUGGCAUAAAGCGGUGCGCUGAAACACCUGGCAAGAUCGCCCUAUUCAAUGAAAUCGCAUUGCACGUCCACCGUACGAUAGCAAAACGGGGAGAACCCAAGGCUCAGAGUCGAAAAGUUCGGGCCGGCCCUGGCACGAACAGGGCAACGGCUGGCAGCCCGGCCAACGAUCCUGUUUUACUGCACGCAAAGGAAAUUUCAGUCUUGAGACCACAGAGGAAAAAGUUGGAGUUAUGCUUCACGCAAAGCUGUCUAUACGCGCGCGCGCCAGGCACAACAGUACCCAUCCAGGGAAUAGUCUAUGCCUGGACCAACAUUAAAUUUAUCUUUUAUCUUCCCGUCCCUGAAAAGGCACAAGUACAACACAACUACGUCCUGUUCCCGCGAGGCUCGACGGUACCGUCCGAGUCCGGCGCGGCGUCGAGUGGGCCGCUCGUCUUCACAGUCCCUGCCACGACGCCCAAAGAGGGCACGAUAGCUGGCGCGGCUGCCGCCGCCUCGAACACAUAUAAAGGCAUAUUUCACAGUGCACUUAACAACUGCCUACGCGCCACCGGCAGCGGCGUCAAGAUUGUCUCAUCAGCCUCUAAUAAAUCCCACAGUGUAGUCAGGCAAUCGAAUCGGUCCAAGGAAAAGUUUGUACACGUUCGCGGAUUCAGAGGUUCACAAGAUGGCUAUCUAUUUUUCCUAGAAAACGGCAUCCUGUGGGGCUAUAAAAAACCUCUCAUCUUUUUCCCGCUUAGGCGUAUUGCCGCUAUUGGCUGCACUAAGAUGCUUCAGAUUACAUUCAGCAUUAUCAUCACCGUUUUCACUAAGAAGGGGGCCAUAAAUAAUGGGUACGAGUUCAGUAUGAUAGACCGGGAAGACUACAGCGGCAUCGACGACUAUAUUAAGCGCAAUGGUUUACAGAACAAGAGAAAGGCCAAGAAAGGCGCCAACGACGGCAAGAUGAAGCUUGAAGACCUGGAUGACGACGAUGAGGAUGAGGAAGAAUACGACCCUAGCGAGCAUGACGAAAGCAGAAAUGGAUCUGGUGAAUCCAGCGAUGAAGGUGACGACGACGACGACGACGACGACGAUGAUAGAGAUGAUGGAGGAUGGUGA